GUUUUCUUUCCGGUCCGGCGCUAGGACCCGGAGGAGCAGCGGCAGCAGCCCUCAGACAGCAGUAUGCUAGCAGAAGCUGUUGUCACACGGAUUCAUGAUCCACACUCCCCUCGCAGCUUUCAACACUGUAAUUGAGACUUAGUCAUGUCUCAGGUUGAGAAGAAGGCGGGGCUGCUGAGGAGGACGUCGUCCUCUAAAAAACCCCUGAAGGAGAAGGUCGUUCUGAUGUAUGAUGAGAUUUUUGCUAAAGAAGACCCAUCUAAAAACAACCCUCGGUUCUGGGAUGAGCUGUUUCUUAUGAAGGUCAACUUGGAGUACCUUGAAUCCAAGUUGGAGAGUGUAGAUGGGGAGGAGGUGCAGCGAAUCCAGGACAACAUCAACUCUCUGUUCCACCACUGCGUUCAGGCUCUGGGAGAGGAGCACCAAAUCAAAGUGGUCAAUGCCCUGCAGACUCUCUGUGCACUUUUCCGAGGCGUUCACCAGAAGAACAAGUCCGCCUCGGGUUUUGAUAUCAUCAACAUGCUGAUGGGCUUCGACAAGGCCGAGCAGAGGAUGAAGGAUCUGAUGGAGAGACUGGACAGCCUCCUCUGUGGAGACAGCUCCGAAAGUCUGAAGAGCCUUUGCCUCAAGCUGUUGCUGUGUUUAGUAACGGUAACUGACAACAUUAGUCAGAACACCAUACUGGAAUACGUGAUGAUCAAUAGCAUCUUUGAAGCCAUCUUACAGAUUCUGUCGGAUGUGUCCAGCAGAGGGCAGCAUGGUUACGAUGCUGUGGUGCUUCUGGCCCUCCUGGUCAACUACAGAAAGUAUGAGUCUGUGAAUCCGUACAUUGUGAAGCUCUCCAUCGUGGAUGACGAGCCAACACUCGAUGGAAUGGGCAUGGUCGUCCACCAGGCCCUGACGGAAUAUAACAGACAAUACAAAGACAAAGAAGAGGAGAAUCAGGGCGGUUUCUUCUCUACUCUCACCACGAUGGUGGGCAACAUGUUUAUAGCCGAUGCAGAUGAGAAGCUCUCUGUUCAGACAAAUGAAGCAAUUCUGCUGGCUCUCUACGAAGCUGUGCAUCUCAACCGCAACUUCAUCACUGUAUUAGCACAGAGUCACCCUGAAAUCGAAAUCGCAGCAAGUCCGACCACUCCCACUCCGACCACCCCCACAACACCGCUCGGCACAACCCCCCCCUCCCUGGACAUGAUGAACAACCCAGAACUGCCUCUGGAUCCCAACCUGCAGACCAGCAACCUCCUCAUCACCUUCCUCAAGUACGCCUCCAUCGUGAUGCAGGACACUAAAGACGAGCACCGACUCAACAGUGCCAGACUGUGCCUGAUCAUCCUGACCUGCAUCGCCGAGGACCAGUACGCUGAUGCCUUUCUUCAUGACGACAACAUGAACUUCAGAGUCAAUCUCCACAAGAUGCCCAUGAGACACAGGAAAAAAGCCGUGGAUAAGAAUAUCCCGUCGCGUCCGCUGGUUUGUGCCGUUCUAGAUCUGAUGGUGGAGUUCAUCGUCACUCACAUGAUGAAGGAUUUUCCGAUGGAUUUGUACCUGCGCUGUGUGCAGAUCAUCCACAAACUCCUCUGUUACCAGAAGAAGUGCAGAAUCAGAUUACACUACACCUGGAGGGAGCUGUGGUCAGCUCUCAUCAACCUGCUGAAGUUCCUGCUGUCAAACGAAACCUCGCUGCUCGCCAAGCACAACAUCUUUCAUCUGUCCUUACUGGUAGUGAAUCUGUUCAACAUGUUCAUAACGUAUGGCGACACCUUCCUGCCCACCUCCAACAGCUACGACGAGCUGUACUACGAGAUCGUGCGAAUGCACCAGGUGUUUGACAACCUCUACUGUAUGGUUUUGAGAGUAUCAACCAACACAGGCCAGUGGAAGGAGGCAGCCAGUAAAGUCACACACGCUCUGAUCAAUGUUCGGGCCAUCAUCAACCACUUCAACCCCAAGAUCGAGUCGUACGCCGCCGUGAACCACAUCUCGCAGCUGUCGGAGGAGCAGGUGUUGGAAGUGGUUCGGUCCAACUACGACACGCUGACCCUCAAGCUGCAGGACGGCCUGGACCAGUUCGAGAGAUACGCGGAGCAGCCCAAAGAGGCGGCGUUCUUCAAGGAGCUGGUCCGCUCCAUCAGCCUGAACGUGAGGAAGAACGUCUCCCUCAACACGCUGAGUCAGGACGUCCUGCUCAAAGAGUUCUCCACCAUCUCAUGAGCGCCGCCCGCCCGCCCGGCCUCCUCCCAGCACGCCGGCGAACUUCACACCGACCACUCUCUCUCCGCCCCUCGCCCCCACCCCUCGCCCUCGACACGGCGGCAGAGACAGACGCACCGACAGGCUGGAUGCACCUCGAACCGAAGCCUGGAGGCCGUCCGGAUUUGAGGACGUGUCCGUGUUGCGCUGCCUCUCUGUGUCCAAUCAGCAGUAUUGGCUGGACUGUUAACCGACACACGGAAACCGUGGUCUGAUUUAGUGACACUAAGUAUUUCUGCCGUCUGGUGUUCAGAUAAAGAAAGAACUGGAAUCAUCUCUAUUUUUCACCUUUUUUUUUUUUUUUUUUUUUUUUUGGGAGUUUGGUGACUUUCUUAAAAUAGAGCAUUAACUCUUCCUUUGCAGAUUAUGGCGUGAAUGUUGAAUUAAUUCUCCUCAUGCUCAGAACAAAUCCAGGAGUAUGUUGUAUUUACCUGUGUGUGUGUGAAGGGGUAGGAGAGUUCAAUCAAACAGGCAGCGGAUGCUUUGAAGUGAUCCGCUCAGCAGGAAGUGGACGAGAACUCUCAAAAAAAAAAACCUAUCUCCACCUCCCCCGGAGCCGAGCUUCACUCCCUCCCCGAGUCAGACUCGUACCGGCGACCUGUUUGGAGUUUCAGUCUUACCGAAUGUAUUGAGGUUAUUUCAGCGGCCUCCCGGUGUUGGAGUGAGCCGUCGCUGCUGAUGUGUCUCUGGCACAGAUGAAGUCAGUUCGACGGAAAAGGAAGAAAAAAGAGGCCCAGUGUACAUACAGCCUUUUGAACUCAUUGUUACUUUUUUUUUUUUCUUGAUUGAUUGAAAGCGGUUCUGAAUUAUGCAACUUCUUCCAGCGUUUGGUUUUUCUUUCGUGGCUUAACUCCUGUAGGAAUAUUUAUGUCUCCUUUUUUUAAAUAAAAAAAAUUGUUUCCUACUCUUA